AUGUCUGCAACUGUCCCCAACAAUGUCGGCAAAGGAGGUGUCGACUCUCGACAAGGUUCCAGAACCUCUGUCACAAACUGUGCCAUUCUUCUAGGUGACUGCGGCCCCAUCUUCGCCUGCGGCAAGUCACUCGGUUAUGCCACCAAGUUCGAAGCCCAGCUUGGUUCUUUCAAGCCAGCCGACGCGGAUCCCUGGAUUGGCUUCUCAAUCAAGAUCCCCCUUGGCCAGGAGCAGACCGCCAACGAGGCAGCCGGAUUUGGUGUCUGUCACGCCGUCCGACAGCAGGACGAGUCGAUUCUUGCUGCAGAGCAGUACACAAUUGAGAUUCGGUUCCCUCGCUCAUCUUUCCAGAUCCAGUAUGAAGCAGCACCCGAGAAGUUGGUUGGCCGAUUCCCCGAUGCCAAGAACCUCUCGUACCUCACUAUCAGCUUUAGCGACACGAGUCCUGUUAUUGUUGGCUAUGGACGACCCUUCGCCAACGUUCAGGAUCCCCAGAUUGAGUCCUGGGUGAAUGGAAACCAACCCGUGCUCAACGACUGCACACUAUUAGACGCGCUCCAGCUGGAGAAGUAUCACGUUGUUCUCCCAGUCAAGGUUGCUGACGCCCAGAAGAACCUCGAUCCCAACCGAGCCCCCCCUCCUUUCUCUUUCCCAUACGGAUCACAGAGCUGGAACGUUACCGGUCUGAAGGCAGACAUCGCUGCCAACCCAGGUCACAGAUUCAAACCAACUUACAUGCAACCGAACAAUCACUCACUUUUGGUUGCUAUGACCCAACCUGUUGUCCAGGAUGUUAUGUGGCUCGAUGAUGCUGUUUGGAAGAUGUAUGCGAUCAAGGUGCCUGGUUACUUCGUCCCCGCCUCUAGACCGAAUCAAUUCUACGUGGUCGUCACUUUGCCCGAUGAGUUUAUGUCGGAGUUCGAGGCUCCUUGGCGUCGGUUGACCAAGAACACACCUGCAUUUAACCUACACAUCUACAACUCCAAGAACUCGAUGGACCCAAGUGCAGACUGGGAUUGUCAAAUUAUGAGUUACCCUGCGAAUAUCGACGAGCUUUCGAAUCACCAGAUUCAAGACCACGAGCUUGUUCUUCUUGUUCGUCGCCCCGAUGCCAUGGAGUACCGCAAUGACAAACUUCGCGGCAGCUACCACCCAGUCCACGAUUGGCUCUCUCUUGAGUUUGAUGCUGGUCUUAUGGAAACCGAGCGACAGGUUCAAGCAAUCUUUCGUUUCGAUGCUGAUGCGAGGCCCUCUUCUCUGCAAGGAACCGAUUUGCCGGUGGACCCUCAGACUAAUGACAUCGCUGACGACCUUACACCUGAACAGUACAAGGUGUUGGAAGAGCUGUGCGAUCGCAUGUCUCUACACCGUGAUGUCAUGCGUGGUGCAGGGUUCUUUGACUGGAUGACGGCCAAGGCUCCUAGAGUUCCUGCUUGGGCAGCAGCCAAGUCUCCUGUCAAGAAGACUACAACCGAGGCUCCCGUUAACGAGGCUUCCAACGAUUUGGCUCAAGUCGGUGAGGACAUUGGAAACAUUGAACUCAAACCGAACGGCACUUCUCUUCGUCCCCUUCCGACUGUCAACUUCCUCGAUAUCGAGGACCAAGCAUACGUGGACUGCAUUCUGGAGGAGGCUCUACCCGAAGAUCGUGCUCGCUUCCGGGAGUACCUCAGCAACCGACCUCUGGGCCUGGGGAUGAUCACCGCUGGUGCCGGUUUCGGAAAGACAACAGCUGGCGCUGCUGCAACCCUUGCGAUGCAGGCUAAGCUUGGCAAGAUCCUCUGCUCGGGUCCCACGAACGUAGCGAUUGACAACUUCGCCGCCCGACUCGCCCUCCGUGAUGAAGCCACGAUCGAUCGAUACAACAAGGGCAAGGCUGCUUCAGAUCCUGGGCGUCGCCGAUACAAGCUCAUCAUCCGGGGCUACAAUCCGGGCCAGGAGAUAUCUGCCAUCGCGAGCCUCCUGAUGGACCCCAAGUGUGCUGAUGAUGCUGUACCCCUCAGCUCUUGGAAGCUUCCACCCCGAUGGAAACUGAACUUGUCUUGUGCAUUUUGGCUGCUGUUGGUGCUCCGAUCCCCUGCCGCCGGCCGACAGCUCCGGCCUGACGACCACCCAUUUCUGUACGCCCUUCAGAAGCGUAUUGAUGCUCGUUCGGAUCUCUUGUCCCUGAGACAGGUUGCAACAGGUGCCAUAACCUGGGACGAGUACAAGAUGGCAGCCAAGGAGUAUGAGUUGUUCGUUGACGACGUUCGAAGUCUUGUUGCCCCUAUCGUCGAGAACGCCGACAUCCUCUGCGUUACCCCUGCCGCCUCCGAGAACUAUAAGCCUUUUCUCAACUGGAAGAUCAAGCAAACUCGUGGUAUCGCGAUUGAUGAAGCAGCCUGUCUUUCUCGUGGGGAUCUUUGCUGUGUUUGGGGCAACGCACUCCUACCAUGCUUUCUCUUUGGGGACCCUCGUCAACUGCCGCCCACUGUCAUGACUAUGACCGACAAGGUGCCCAACACCGAUUACUACGUCAACAGGUUCUCCAUUUACGGCGAGAUCUCAGCCAUGGGUGCACUGCUUGCUUCUGGGCUCCCUGUUUAUCGUCUCAAAGUUCAACUUCGCAUGGCCCGUGGUGUCUUUGACAUCAUCUCCAAGGUCAUCUACCCUGACGUUCCCUUCACGUAUCACGCCAGUAGAGCAGUGUCAAACCCCGAGUUCAAAGUCGGCCAUGAGAUUGAGGCCUUCUUCCGUGGCAAGUUCUCUGACCUCCGCCCUGCUGCUGAGGGAACCCUUCAGCCCAUCUUUGUCCAUUGCGAAGGAUCGCGUGUCUUUGUGGACCCCAAGACUGGCUCCAAGCGUAGCCAACACCAAGUCAAGGUUGCCCUUGACUUGCUCAGCGAGAUGGUGCAGGCACUCAACGUCGACGUUCAUGAUGUUGUAGUCAUUGCUCCUUAUAUGGCUAACGUCAACCUCAUCAACAGCAUGUCCAAGGCGUACCCUUCCUUGGCCAACCUGAAGAAGGCCACAACCAUUGACUCUUACCAAGGCCAAGAGAGCAUCAUAACCUUGGUCGUUAUGGGUACCGCUCACCCCCACCCCGGUCCUGGAUUCACGUCCAACAAACAACGCCUCAAUGUCCUCCUCACCCGACAGAAGUGCUCUCUUGUCAUUGUUGGUGACAUCAAUGUUGCGCUCCCUUUCGAUGAUGGAAAGGAGCCAUUGUUCAAGGUUGAAGACGUGACCGGCGAUGUUGCCUAUGUCAAGGCACCUGCUCUCCGCCAAGUGCAUCGUCAGUUGAAGGAAGAGGGCCGUGUCGUCUCUGUGAGUCUCGACAAGGGAGAGAAGGCCGAGGGAUUAAAACGAAAAAGGUCCAUUAUAGAAUGUUGA